AUGAUCACCUACUAUCAUAAUCACGAGUACUGCUGCGGAAGCCCUGAGGGUUGCAGUCCCAGCCCAGGAAAGGUGGUCUCUGGGCGUGGUAGGUCGCCUGGCAACCAGGCCCUGGGGAACCAGAACCAGCCCCGGGUCCAACACACCCAACAGAGGCUCCAGCAGACCCAGAGCCAGCUGGGUCUAAUCCACAGACAGCAACAACACCUCCAACAACAGCAGAUCCUGCUCCAACAGCAGCUCCAACAACCACAGAUGCAGAUUCAACACCUCCAACAGCUACAGCACCAACAACAGCCACAGAUUCAUCACCACCAGCAGCUCCAACAGCAGGCACUACAACACGACCAACAACAACAACAGAUAGACCACCAUCAACUACAACAACAACAGCAGCAGCUACAGCGUCAGCAGCAUCAUUAUCAACACUACCACCAUCAUCCUCACCAGAUGGAGCAGACGCCCAACAGCCCUCCGUUGAACCUCCACCCGCUGCUCUUGCAACCGCUCCCCCUACAGAGCCCCCAGAGAAACUAUAGCUCCUGCACGCUGCCCGCCUCCAUGUCUAAGAGCCGGGGCAAGUUCACCAACCUGAGGGACAGCGUAAGGAAGAGUCCUACCAAGAGCACGGCCAAGGUCCGGGCCACACACAGGCAGAGUGGCUGGUGGUCCGAUGACACCCCAUGGGCCACACUGUCACUGGAGAAACCACCCCAGGUACUGAUGACCACGGCCCCGAGGACGCAUGUCCAAAAUCUUACGGACCCUGUAGAUAGGUGCGCCUUCGACAAGGAUGGGGGAGACGAGCGGGGCGCGAAGAACGGGCUUAACGCAGGAGACAUGGAAGACCGGGUGGACGCGACGAAGAUAUCGCUGGAGAAAAGUCGCACUGCGACAGGAUUAAUGAUCUGA